CCUCAAUUGACAUCUUCUUCGAGGACGAGAAGGACGUGCUUCCGGUGACCAGAAAGAUCCUCUUCCUUGACUCUCACUCAAGAUGUACCAACGUUCAACAACAAAGAUCCUCAAAUUUCACUCCAUAAUAAAUGCUUGCAUCACCAAGAUUGUCUGUCUUAUCAUCAUUGUCCUCACGAGAGAACUUCAGGAAUUACUAACAACCAAGGAAUUCAUAAUUGCAUUAGACAUAACAAGGGAAAUUCCGUUAUCAGUCCUCUGCAUAAUCUUCAGCCUAAUGCUACUUUAUGGCAUAUUCACGAACAAGCAAGCUUUCAUGGUGCCCUACAUGGUGCUGAUGCUGAUCAAUACUGUACGUUGGAUGUUGGGCUUUCCACCAUUUUUUAUUUAUAUCUUGAUUAUCAAGAUGGGACAAUUGGAGUAUCUGGAUGGCAUUGCUUUCUUCCUCAUGACAUACUGUUUGCUUGUAGUAUGGGCAUACUACCUGCAGGUCAAGAAGUCUGUUGCUUGUCACCGACUCGUAGAAGUUCCUCCGGCUUCGGUUUAAAGCCCUGAUCUCUUGAAUAAUUCCUUAGUGUUUUGUUUUGUCUCUCUUAUUAGCAUGAUUAUUGCUGUUA